GAGGCAUUUCGGAAGAUUUCAGGGAGGCAGACUCUCCGCGGUGGCUCCCGGAGCGCUUGGUUCGACAUUAUCAUGCCAUCACCAAUAAACACCCUGACUCGAAGAAUGCGUCGCCUGAGGCUCUCGCAAUCGACCACAGCACACCCCAACCGGUUCCCCCGGCGGACGAGAAGAAUGCGGCGACGGAGUAGGAGAGAACUUGUCAGGGAGGCGAGGGGAGAUCGAAAUCAAAUUACUUGACUGUUCCUAGACGAGAAGAUUUAUCCACCUUUGUAUUUUGGUAUAAGGAUAACGUUCCCAUUCACAUGAAUGCUAGAGUAACUAAGCUUGCUUCUAAUACUUCGUUGGAUCAUUCUCUAUGCAUAUAUCGCUUGAGGAUUGAAGAUACUGGACAUUAUUUGUGUAUUGAAACUACCAUAGGUAAUCAAGGGACGUUAUUAGCUGGACAUCAAAUUACGGUCGUAAAGACUGUCACAGGACUACAAUUUCCUGCUUUUAUGGCUUCUGAAUUCCCGCAGUUUGAUUUUCCUGUUUGUAAUGAUACAUGGACUAAAGCCUCUGUCUGGUGUACUUUAGAUUAUGAUAAUGGCACCAUACUAGUUUCUUCUGUCCCCGUUAAUAAUAACAGCCUUGUUUUUUACAAGCAAUGGGAAUUCUGGAAACUUGCCUUAUCCUUUUCUUAUAGACCGGUGAUUACUUGCGUCGCUCCUCCUUAUGCUUUAUUGAUUGGAGAUUUAAUUGUAGAAAACACUAUGAAUCCUAUAGGUUAUAAUAUUACUUGUGUUAAUUGUAUCUUUAGUAGUUGUGUUUUGCCCGUUAAAGGAUCUACAUCUGUUAUGAUUAUGAAGCAACCUUCUUAUGUAAUGUUACCUGUUAAUUUGUCUGAACCAUGGUAUCAUAACACUGGCAUGCAAGCCUGGCUGGAAUUGACUGAAGCAUUAAAACGACCAAAGAGAUUUAUAGGUGUUCUAAUAUGUGCAAUCCUAGCCUUAGCAGCUUUAACUGCUACUGCGGCCACUGCUGGGAUUGCUCUUUCACAAACUAUUCACCAGGCUCAUUAUGUUAAUCAGUUAUCUAAAAAUACUAGUGUAGCAUUAGCCCUACAAAGUCAUAUUGAUACCCAACUAAAAACGGAAGUAGAUGAAUUAAAAAAUGUUCUAAUAGGAAUAGGGGAUCAAGUUAUGGCUUUAAAAUUAAAAAUGCGUUUGAUUUGUCAUGCCAAAUAUACCUGGAUUUGUGUAACUCAACAUUUAUAUAAUGAUUCACAAUGGGAUUGGGAAAAAGUAAAAAUGCAUAUAUUAAGUGUAUGGACUGAUGGACACAUUAGCCUUGAUAUUCAAAAGUUAAAUGCCGAAAUACAAGCUAUUCAAGAGGCCCACCUGGACGAAGAUGGACCCCAGAAUUUGAUUCAAGGAUUAUUAGAUCAACUACAAGGGCUAAAUCCGAUACAAUGGAUUCAUGGAGGGCUCUCAGGCCUGAUAUCAAUUGGUGUACUACUUUUAUUGGUGAUCGGUUUAUUACCUUGUAUUGUUAGAUUUGUAAUGGGGCGCUUCGCUAUCUUGCGUCAGGAUGUUCAUGGCUUAAAACUACAUUAUCAAGCUUUAAAAAAUAAUAAAAAAGGGGGAAAUGUGGUGGCCCCCAAGCUGUAAGCUUAUUCAGCUUUCUGCUUUGCGGAGAACUGCUUGUCUCUUUCUUGGUAUGCACUCCUGACGCUGCGGUAUUGAGCGUAAAAAAGGAAAAUGGCUUGCGGCCAGUUUCGUUCCAGGUGCCUGCUCUGGAUCUAAGAGCCCCUGGUUGUUCCCCAGAAGAAGGACGUGCUGCCCUGAGGGGGAAGUCUGUAUCUCCAAAG